AUGGGAGCCUCUGAAACAGAGAGAAGGCUUCAUCAGAAGCUAUUUGAAAACUACAACAUGAAAGUGAGACCGGCUCGUUACUGGGAGGAUAAGGUGAUGGUGCGGGUGGGGAUGACCCUCUCUCAGCUUGUCAGCUUGAAUGAGAAGAACGGCGAGAUGACGACUAACGUGUUCAUGAAUCUGGAAUGGAGAGACUACAGGCUGUCCUGGAACCCAGCUGAAUAUGACGACAUUAAUGUUCUGAGAAUUCCUCCCAACAAGGUGUGGCGACCUGACAUCUACCUUAUAAACAAUAAUGACGGCCAGUUUGAUGUGGCUCUGUACGUCAACGUCUUGGUUUACAGUGACGGCACUGUUAAAUGGCUUCCACCCGCCAUCUACCGCAGUUCCUGCUCUAUAGAGGUGGCGUACUUCCCAUUUGACUGGCAAAACUGCAGCAUGAUUUUCCGCUCGUACACCUAUGAUUCCUCUGAGGUUGACCUGCAAUACUUUCUGGAUGAUGACGGCAAAGAGAUCCAAGAGAUUGUAAUAGAUGAGAACGCUUUCACUGAGAAUGGUGAAUGGGCCAUUUGUCACAAACCAACAAGAAAGAACGUUAAGGAGGACCUGUAUGAGGACAUCACCUUCUAUCUCAUCAUAGAGAGGAAGCCUCUUUUCUACAUCAUCAACAUCAUUGUGCCCUGUAUCCUCACCAGCGUGUUGGCUAUAUUUGUCUUCUACCUGCCUCCUGGAGCAGGAGAGAAAAUGACUCUUUCCAUUUCCGUCCUCAUUGCUCUGACUGUCUUCAUGUUGCUGCUGGCUGACAAGGUCCCAGAGACUUCCCUCGGCAUCCCAAUUAUUGUCAACUACGUCAUGUUCACUAUGAUCUUGGUGACCUUCUCUGUCAUCCUAAGUGUGGUAGUCCUCAACCUGCAUCACCGAACACCCAGCACACACAUCAUGCCAAGCUGGGUCCGAAAGGUGUUCAUACAUUUCCUGCCUAAAUACAUUGGCAUGAUGAGGCCAAAACCAGAGGAACCCUUUUUGGAAGAGGAAUCUGCUGAUGACACACCUAUUCAAAGCUACAAUGGGCGACAGCCGGGAGGAGAGUAUUUCAUUCGCAAGCUCAACCCUGAUCUUGUCUUACCUUGGCGAGGCAGGUGUGAGAGCACAGUGCAGCUCCAGAGAGUCCCCAACACUGACAGUUUCUGUCUGAUCCUCCCUCCCAAUCUGAAGUCAGCCAUCGCUGCUGUGACAUACAUGGCCGAGCAGCUGAAGAAGCAGGACACGGAUGACUCACUGACAGGAGACUGGCAGUUCAUCGCCCUGGUGGUGGACCGUCUCUUCUUGUGGUUGUUUGUCAUCAUCACCACCCUGGGAACUCUGGCUAUGUUCCUGGAUGCUAGUUUCAAUUACACACCUGACAACCCCUUCCCAUAGUGGAUUCCAUAUGCACAGCAGCUGGAGUUUGAUUCAUUGUUGCCACUUUACUUCUACUUCUUGUUGGUGCUUUCUGAAAUCCCCAGA